UUCAUUCCACAGCGAGAGAUAGAGGGAGAUCACAAGGAGAGAUAAAAUAGAAAAGGAAACCGAAUCCAUGAGAGGAAAUUUCUGAAAAGAGAUUCUUGUUUACAUCGGGAGAUGGACAAGACAAUAUAAAUCUUGCUUAGAGAUUUCGUCGUUACUGGAUCUGGUUCACAAUCUUAACAUUGUUUUUGGUUUUGGAUGUUGGUAGCUUCCUUCUUCUGCGUUUCUUGUUUUAUAUAGUUUUGAUGAGGAGAUGAAGGCAGCUAAAAGGUGGAGUGUAGGAAACCUAGCGUCAUUGCCUGGAGCUCGCCACCGUGUUCCUGCAAGAAGACGACUAUGGAUCAUCAUGUCCCUUUCACUGAUCAUCAUGACGCUUUCACUGAUCACCAUGCUGGCUAUAAUGGCUUACAUGUACCCACAUCACAGCAAACGUGCUUGUUAUAUGAUUUCAUCAAGGGGAUGCAAGGCUUUAGCUGAUUGGCUUCCACCUUCUCUGAGGGAGUAUUCUGACGAUGAGAUUGCUGCACGAGUAGUGAUUAGAGAAAUAAUGAGUAAUGCUCCUGUUAUAAGAAGAGAUUCCAAGAUUGCAUUCAUGUUCUUGACUCCUGGUACUUUGCCUUUUGAGAGGCUUUGGGACAGAUUUUUCCAGGGUCAUGAAGGGAAGUUUUCUAUUUAUAUCCAUGCAUCAAAGGAAAGGCCAGUUCACCACAGUCAUUACUUUUUAGACCGCGAAAUUCGCAGUGACGAGGUGGUGUGGGGAAGAAUAUCAAUGGUUGAUGCAGAGAGAAGGUUGUUAGCUAAUGCUCUAAGAGACCCGGCAAACCAGCAAUUUGUGUUACUCUCUGAGAGUUGUGUGCCACUUAGAAGUUUUGAGUACAUCUACAAUUACCUGAUGUACAGCAAUCUCAGCUAUGUUGACUGCUUUGACGAUCCAGGACAACAUGGAUCAGGCAGACAUAUGGAUCACAUGUUGCCUGAAAUUCCAAAGAAGUAUUUUCGAAAGGGUGCACAGUGGUUCACCAUGAAGAGACAACACGCUAUAGUAAUCAUGGCCGACAGUCUUUACUACUCUAGAUUCCGGGAUUACUGUGGGCCAGGUAUAGAGAACAACAAGAACUGCAUAGCUGAUGAACACUAUCUGCCAACAUUCUUUCACAUGCUUGAUCCUGGUGGCAUCUCUAACUGGAGUGUAACACAAGUUGAUUGGUCUGAGAGACAGUGGCAUCCCAAAACAUACAUGCCUGAGGAUGUCACACACGAGUUACUAAACAACCUCACGUCUACUGACACAGUCGUACAUGUCACAAGUGUUGGAAUGCAGGGUGAAGAAAUAUGGAUGCCUUGUAUGUGGAACGGAAUCAAAAGACCUUGCUUCUUGUUUGGAAGGAAGUUUCACCCGGAUACGCUCGAUAAACUCUUGGAUCUCUUCUCAAAUUACACAAGAUCGGUCUCUUGGCAUUUGUGAUUUAAAAGGAUGUUUCUUCUAUAUACAACUAAGAUUCUUCUAACACUAUAGCUACAAGUCUAGAAGCUUAAGGAGGUACUGAGAACUUUUUUCAAUUGAUGCUUUCAUUUGGUUGGAGGGAAACGUUGGUUUAAUUCUUUUAUUUUUAUCCACUCUGUUUUACGUUAUAUACUUAUCUCAUAUUUCUC